UUGUAGCAUUUCUGUCGUUUCUGUUGGUAAACAUUUGUCGAUAGCAAAACAAAUUCAGCUUCAACGAUAGCUUUUUAUUUGCAAGGGAAAGAACAUUAUAAAUGGACGGACGGAAAGGAAAAAAAUCAAGCAAUAAUAAAAAAAUACAAUCUAUCUCCAUAAGUAAUGACGGUGGUAAACCAACAUCAUCCAAAGAUGCUGUCAUACAUCCAAAAAUUCUUUUGAAGACUAAAGAAAAUAGGGCCCCGGAGAAAGCGGGAACAACUCUAAUUAUAGCUACAAAACCUACCCAAUCGAAAAAUGAAAAACUACAGAAGAGAGAUGCUCCGAAACAUGGAAUUAUUCCAGUCAACAACGCUGUAUUUAACUGCAUGACGAAACCCGUUAACUUGAUAACGUUUCAUAGUAUAUUAGAUUUACAUACAACCGAGUACCUUCAGGAAAACAAUUCACAUUUUUUGGUUGUUGGUGCUAUUGGUACUCAAAACACAGGAAAAUCAACGAUUUUAAAUAUUUUAGCCGGGAACCAAGAGAAGGAAAGCAUACUUAAUUCAGAUAAUGGUAUCUUUCCUACUAAAACAUUGUUUUCGCAGUUGGAACAGAGUGUCUACGAAGAUGAGGUUCAAAUGUACAUCACGAAGGACAGAGUUUUCCUUUUGGAUAGCGCCCCGGUUCUACUAAAUCGUGUAAAAAAGGAUUUCAUUGUUAGUGAACUAGAGGAUAUGAGAACUAUAAUGUUCCUACUUAGUGCUUGUCAUGUGUUGCUUGUUAUACAAGAAGACUACCAUAAUAUAAAUUUUAUAAGGCUUCUUUUGUGUGCAGAAAUGAUGAAUCAACAUCAACUACAAAAUAUAUCCGCAAUCAGCCCAAGAAUUAUUUUCAUAAAAAAUAAAAGCAAUCGAAAAAACUUGGAGGAAAAAUCGUUUCAUCAAAAUAUCUAUAAAAACCUUUUCAGAAAUUCAAAACUCAAAAUUUUUACCAAUGAAAACGAUCAUGAGGAAAUCAAUAUGCUUUCGUUUCCAAAAUUGAAUAAUGGUAAUUGCCUUUUUACGGAGGAUGAACACUGUGUGAGAAGCAUGCAAAAGCUACGACAGCGUGUGUUUAUGACACCAACGCUCGAUUGUGUUAAGAGUCCAGAGAUCCUUACUGAGAAAUCUUGGUAUCAGAUGAUUAACAACGUAAUAGAAGGAUAUAAUAAUAACUAUUUUCUACGAAAGUAUGAAAAUCUCAAGGAGAAGUACAAUUUACACAACCAUGUGAAUGUAGUUGAAAAUGCAACCAAGGAGAAAAAUUAUACGAAUUUUGUUGAUAUAAGAACAUAAACAUGUAAAUUUCAAACUGACUUUCCUUUUUUCGUUAUCAAAUAUUUGGCAAUAAAAUGUCCGUUACAAUAUGAAGUGAUAUAUCCCAGAGAACAACAAUAA